AUGCCAGUAUCACUCUCCAGCGGCCUUUAUAAAAUCUCCACCCAGACACCCAAUGGGAAAUUAUUUGUCGGUGUCCGCCCAGACUCAUCUCCAGAUGUCGCGGGAGGCUUCCCAGUGAUCGUUGGACCUGAAUCGUCCUCUGCGAUCAUAGAGCUACGCCUACUUGACGGGCUAAAAUACGAGUUUCUUUUGUACCACCAUGGCGGACAAAGUCUCGGCUAUAAAAUGAACCAGUUUGACAAAGGAUGCGAGGUGAUUGCAUCGCCUGGCCGCGAAGUUGGAGAGUGGAUGAUUACUCAAGGGCGUAACCCGGAGAAGUAUAGGUAA